AGACACACCAUAUUAAUGCCUUUCACCGAAUAUUAAACAACUCAGGACACAACCAUCGUCGUCCUCCUCCUCCUCCUCCGUCUCUUUUUCGUUUUCUGAGUAAUCCGUCGACUUCUCGUCUUUGAUUGGAAUCUGAAUCAAACAAAACACGCGAUCUCCAAGUCUGUAUAACAAAUAGAUCGAAAAGGCGUAAAUCAUCUAGCUACAACUGAGGAAGAAGGGCAUAGGACUCACCAUGGCUCCUGGAGGCAGUGCUUUGAAAGAAGUCCUUGAAUCUAACUCAACGGGAAUGGAUUACGAGGUUAAAACGACCAAAGUGGAAGUUAAUAAUAGUAACAACAGCAAAUCUACAAAGUCAGGUGGUGCAGGAACUGGAAAAUAUGGGAUGCAUUCCAACAAUGGUGUCUACGAGCUUCUUGAAUGUCCAGUGUGUACAAACCUAAUGUACCCUCCAAUUCAUCAGUGUCCAAAUGGUCACACGUUAUGCUCCAACUGCAAAGCGAGAGUGCAGAACACUUGUCCUACAUGUCGCUACGAGCUUGGUAACAUAAGAUGCUUAGCUCUCGAGAAAGUGGCAGAGUCCUUGGAAGUUCCAUGCCGGUACCAGAGUUUGGGCUGUCAUGACAUUUUCCCUUACUACAGCAAGCUUAAGCACGAGCAGCAUUGCAGGUUCAGGCCUUACGCUUGCCCUUAUGCUGGCUCUGAGUGUUCGGUUACAGGUGACAUCACCACACUAGUUGUCCAUCUUAAAGAUGAUCAUAAAGUAGAUAUGCAUGACGGAUGCACUUUCAACCACCGUUAUGUGAAAUCAAAUCCACAUGAAGUCGAAAAUGCUACAUGGAUGCUUACGGUGUUCAACUGUUUUGGGAGACAGUUCUGUUUACACUUUGAGGCUUUCCAGCUAGGGAUGGCUCCAGUUUACAUGGCGUUCCUUCGUUUUAUGGGAGAUGAAAACGAGGCAAAGAAGUUCAGUUACAGUCUUGAAGUAGGAGCUCAUGGACGUAAACUAACAUGGCAAGGGAUCCCUAGAAGCAUCCGUGACAGUCACAGGAAAGUCCGGGACAGUCAAGACGGUCUCAUCAUCCCAAGAAACCUCGCACUCUAUUUCUCUGGAGGUGAUAGGCAAGAACUCAAGUUGAGGGUAACGGGUCGAAUCUGGAAAGAAGAGUAAACCGGAAUAAACCAACAAAGGAUUGAUGUACAUAAGAAGAAGAAGCUUCUCAUGGAGAGCUAUGAUCAUAAGGAAGAUUUGAAAUUGUGUCUGGUUUUAGUAUGUUAUAAUGGAUUCUUCUCCAAUGAGGAUGAAGUUGAGAUGAUGAUGAUGAUAAUCUUCUAUAAUGAAUCAGUUUGGAAGUGGCUGCAAGAAUAAUAUUAUCUCUUCUCUGUACUUUUGUUUUUUGUCUUGGUUUCAGACAGGGAAUGUAGAACAUACAUGAUUUUGACUGUGUUCUUGUUGUAAAACCAUGUCGAAACAGUUUGGUGCAAUUUUUGUUUUGUUUACAAUGA